CACUUUAGCAUUUAGCAUCGCCUAGCCCGGUUCAUCCAUUUUGUUUAGCUUAGCUUGUGUGGCUAAGUUUACCUCCGACCCGUGCAGCAGAGAUGGAUGACGGUGACGAGCCGGGUUUAGUCUCUCUCUCUCACAACACUUCCUCAGGCUCAAAGUCCGGCGGGGACAAAAUGUUCUCCCUGAAGAAGUGGAACGCUGUCGCCAUGUGGAGCUGGGACGUCGAGUGUGACACUUGUGCCAUCUGCCGGGUACAAGUCAUGGACGCUUGCCUCCGAUGUCAGGCGGAAAACAAACAAGAGGACUGUGUUGUUGUUUGGGGAGAAUGCAACCACUCCUUCCAUAACUGCUGCAUGUCCCUUUGGGUGAAGCAGAACAAUCGCUGCCCCCUCUGCCAGCAGGACUGGGUGGUUCAGAGAAUCGGCAAAUAAACAUCGACUCCAGGCUGCCUGAUUCUCAGACCGCACCUGUAUUCACCUAAAAGUGAUGACGGACUGGACAGUGAUCACUACAGUGUGCAGAGCAACUUGGCCAUUGACAACAGUCCUCCUAUUUAUGAUUGCAUGUUCCAGUAGUCCUGGUUGUCAAAGGAGGACAAUGGACUAAAAAUGAAAGCAGUGCAGACCAGUUGUUACGGAUAGUUUGAGGAGGCUGGAAGGGUUCGAGAGUCUCAAAGAGAAGGAUGAACUUUGUUUCAGUGUUUGGUCUCGUUAGCUUCACAUAAUUAUCUGUGGUGCUGUUAAACACAUAUUGAAUAUGUGGCUGUCUUUUUAAAAAUAAAGAAAUGUGUAUAGUGGCAAACAGGUUAUUUUUUUCUUCUAAUAAUUUGUGGAAAUUAUACUGUUCUGUCCUCUCCCAUGAAAAACUUCCAAAGCUGCUUUGAAUGGAAUAAAUUAGGAUUGAAAUUUGAAUAUAUAAAUAUCUAUAAUAUAUAUGUUAAUGUAGGCCAUUUUACAGGGUGAGUUAUUUUACUAUUUUUUUACUUCAGAAAUCUCAGAAAACAAGACUUUGCCUGGUUUAGAAAGCCACUUUCUGAAAUGAUCAAGUCCCGCCUGAAUUGAAACCACAUUUUUUACGUUCAUAUUGUUUGUCUUUCCUGAGUGUAACUGUGAUGGGUAUGUUUCAGAAUCUUUACAGGAGAGCUCAGUGUCCUCUCCAGAAAACUGCUGAGCACUGUUUCUUGUCAGGGAAUAGUGUAAGUGGUAAAGACUGAUCGGGAUAAUUCACUUAGUCAUGAGGCUAAUGACUGGAAGGUCGCAGCUUCAAACAACUUCCUAACGUGGGGGAAGUGAACAAGAAUCAGUCCCUUUGUCUGGUUUCUGUGAUUCCAACAUUAACUGGACAUUAAUGUCUAUCACAGCAUACAAUAAGCUAUCUAUUUAAAAUGAUCCGGUUUUUGCAUUCAAAGGAAAGUUUUGCCACUUUUUUGAGGAUUUCAAAUCAAAAUUGUUGAUAAAUGUAACAAGGUGAAAAAAUAAAUGCACAUUUGACAACUACUCAU